CUUCCGCUCUCACACCGGAAGUGACGCAGAAAUGGCGUCCCCGUCUGCCCGGCUCGCUACACGCUGGUUAACAGCAGCUGUUUCUUCUGGGAACCGCAGCGGCCGUUUCCUCGUCGUCUCCCCCGGACAUGCGGGGCUUUGCUCGGGCACGCUUCCGCCGGCUCUCCGGGGAGGGGCGGCGCUCAGCCCCGGCUCCUGGAGACCCGGACGCGGGGUGACAUUGAGGGGAGAGACGGCGGUGAGAUUCCCUCAUGUCACCACCUGCCGAUCCCUCCACACCAGCAGCAGGCUGGGAAACAAGCAGGACUUCUAUGAGGUGUUGGGUGUUUCCCGCGCCGCCACACAAAAGGACAUCAAAAAGUCUUAUUACCAGUUGGCAAAGAAGUACCACCCGGACACGAACCCAGACGACCCAGACGCCAAAGAGAAGUUCGCCAAACUGGCUGAAGCCUAUGAGGUGCUGAGCGACGAGGUGAAGAGGAAGCAGUAUGACACGUACGGAGCGGCGGGAUUCGACCCCAGUCGAGCCGGGGCCGGCCAGCAGCAGUACUACAGAGCCGCGGGCACGAAUAUCGAUCCUGAGGAGCUCUUCAGGAAGAUCUUUGGAGAGUUCACUGGAGGAAUGGGCUUCGGAGAUAUUAACAACAUGUUCGAACAAAGGCCAGAGUUUGUGAUGGAGCUCACGUUUACAGAGGCAGCAAAGGGAGCGAAUAAAGAGCUGAGUUUGAACAUCGACGACUCGUGCACAAGGUGCGAUGGCAAGGGCAGUGAGCCGGGCACCAAGGUGUCACAGUGUCACUACUGCAACGGCACUGGCAUGGAGUCGAUCAACACUGGUCCCUUCCUGAUGCGCAGCACCUGCCGACGCUGCGGUGGGAAGGGAUCCAUCAUCACCACGCCCUGCGCUCUGUGCCGAGGGUCAGGUCAGACUAAGAAGAGGCAGACGGUCACUGUACCCGUACCUGCUGGUGUGGAAGAUGGUCAGACAGUGCGCAUGCCAGUGGGUAAAAGAGAUAUCCUCAUUACAUUUAGGGUCCAGAGGAGUCCAGUGUUCAAGCGCAGUGGAGCAGACAUCCACUCGGACGUGCCCAUUUCUAUAGCUCAAGCCAUCCUGGGGGGCACGGCCAACGCACAGGGCCUCUACCAAACCAUCAGUAUGGUGAUUCCUAGCAGUUGUCAGGCCGAUCAGGUGAUCCGGCUGCAGGGGAAAGGUAUUCGGAGGAUGAACAGCUACGGCUACGGAGAUCAUUACGUUCACAUCAAGAUACGAGUCCCCAAGAAGCUGACGCGUCGACAGCGCUCUCUGCUGCUGAGUUACGCUGAGGAGGAGACGGACGUGCAGGGAUCCGUCAACGGCGUCGACCCUUCAGCAGGAGGGGGCAGCGGCGCUCCAGGAUCUGGUGCGAAGGGGACCAGUUCAGAGGAGGGACAGCAAGAGCAGCAGCAGAAGAAGAAGAAGGAGGAGGAGGAGGAGGGAGGAUUCUUCUCUAAACUAAAGAAAAUGUUUAGCUGACACUCAGGCUGCAGGUAAAAAAAAACAAACAUAGAGAAGGAAGAACAUAAAUCCACUGACUGCUCCUGCACGCCCGCUCCUCCUGUGGGGAUGAAGCAAGGAGGAGGAAGAGAGAGAGAGAGAGAGAGAGGCUUGGGGAGUUUUGUGUUGACACAGUCGCACAUUGUUGAAUCUGUGCUCGGCAAACAGGCCACGUAGAUGUCACGUCCACCCACACACCCACUGGUCCGUCACCACACCCAGGUGCUGCGCUGACAAAGACGAGAAACGCGACGGCGACGGACGACUGUUGUGGCUGAACUCUGUUCUUCUAACUCCGCUGACUGAAACUUCCCCGCCCCUCGAGUCACGAGGCGUCAGUCCGUCACUCUGUUCAAUAAAACCCUGUCAGAUGAGCCAGGAAAAUGGCGAAACAGGAAUUUACAGUCAGCCAGGACAGUUUUUUACUGACAUCAAUAACGCAUUGAAAGGGUUUGAGGAAGUAAAUUGCACCAGUACUGUUUUAUUAUUUAAUCUCUAACACUGUUUAUUGGAACCACAGUGUUGUAGAAACCUGAUAUAUCAAUGGAGGUUGUUUAGAAAGUACCUGGAAAGGUCCGUUUAAUUUAUUUCUCAUUAUAUUACAUCUGAAUUGAUUUUCUAGUUGAACCUUGACAGGGAAUCAGCUCAGCGUCAACAUUCUUUCCACAGCACUCGAUUCUUCAACUGUAGAGAAUAACGCUGCCAAUACAAUCAAUGAAUAUUUACAUGGGUUUAUUUAUUGGAUUUCUCCAAGUUUUUCCAGUCGUUAAGAUUUUCACGGUUCUUUCAGAAGAAUGUCUCUGAAAAUCAACAAACUCUUAUUUCUUCUAGAGUUAACUAAAUAUUUAAUAAUUUACUGGUACUUUCUCAUAAUCUGGGUAAAUUAAUGGGGAGUUUGUGUUUUGUCCUGGGAGAUUCUCUGUUUCCUCUAAAACUCGAAUAACAGUAGAGGGCAAACCUCCGCCAAGUCCCCUUUUAAUACCAGAUUUAAAUAUAAUAUUUUAUCAGGAUUUGCACCAAGUUUCACACACACAUAAAUAUCAGUCUCCUUAAUAUUCAUAUUUAUUUUUUCAUCUAGAUCCAUGAAUUAUUCUCUGACAAAUAGAUGAAAAUUAAAAAAAUAAUUCCUGGAUCUGCAUUGAACUUUAGUGGCAUCUAUCUCGAGUCAUCCCCUCCACAAUAUGUCAUGGACGUUUGAGUAGCUUUGUGUAAUCCUGCUUAAUAACAAACGCCCUCCUUGGCGAAUCACAUCCUUUCUUGAGGAAGUAACAGGACAUGUAAUCGUGUGUUACACAUUUCCACUUCAUGAGGUCCUUGGAUAAACACGUUGCAGUACUGUUGACUGAGCACAUAUUCCUUUUAUGAAGGAAUGAAAACGUACAAAGUGGGAACCAUGAUUGUGAAUAUUUGUUUCUGUGAGAUCCAGACUGAGACUUGUAUCCGUGUGUGGCAGCAAGAAAACUCUAAAUAAACGCUCAAGUAUC